UUGUUUGCACUAAUUACUCAAACAAUCUGUGCAGUUGAACUACAAAAUACAACAACAUCGAAUAUAGAAACCGAUGUUGAAUUGGCAAAAUUAUUGCUACGUAAUUUGCUAGAAAUCCAAGAAAAACGUUUACCGUCAGUAAUAAAUAAUGAGGAACUGUAUGAAUAUGCUAAUGAAUGGGUUGUGGAAAUUCUCGGUGGCGAAGAAGUGGCAAAAGAAACAGCCGAAUCUGAAGGAUAUAAAUUUGCUGGAAAACUUCGUAAUCUUGAAAAUUUUUAUGUCUUUAAUAAGCGUAACUUAUCUCGACGAAAACGAGAAGCUAAAUAUUUAACUAAGUCAUUGAUUGAAAAACCAAAUGUAAUGUGGGCAGAGCAACAAAGGAUCAAAAAUAGGUAUAAACGUGAUUUUAUAGAUGACGAUGAAAUGAAGUUUGAUGAUCCAUUGUGGCCAUUACAGUGGCAACUGCAUGACUCACGGUUUGGCCAACGAACUGAUAUGAAUGUUAUCGGUGCAUGGAAACUGGGCUACACUGGCAAAGGAGUUGUAGUCAGUAUUCUGGAUGACGGUAUUCAGCACAACCAUACUGAUUUGGUGGAUAAUUAUGACGCUAAAGGUUCAUAUGACUUGAACGAUGACGACCCAGACCCAAUGCCAACCUUUGAUAACCAUAAUCGGCAUGGGACUCGGUGUGCCGGAGAAGUCGCUAUGGCUGCCAAUAAUUCAAUAUGUGGUGUCGGAGUUGCCUAUCAUGCCGGAAUUUCUGGAGUUCGUAUGUUGGAUGGAAAAAUCACUGACCGUGUGGAAUCUGAAGCUCUUAAUCAUGGUAUCGACCACGUAGACGUUUAUUCAGCCAGUUGGGGUCCUAACGAUGACGGUAAAACCGUAGAAGGUCCUGGACGACUAGCUCAGGCAGCGCUUCAACGAGGUAUUAAAGAGGGCCGCCAGGGAAAAGGUUCCAUCUAUGUAUGGGCAUCCGGUAAUGGUGGACAUAAAGGUGAUGACUGCGACUGUGACGGUUACACGGAUAGCAUAUACACAUUUUCGGUUGGCUUUUCAUUUUUAGAUGGUUUAUUGCGGCUAAUUCCGACAGAUACUUUAAGAUGCAUCUCCAACAAACAGUUAAGACUUAUUACUUUGAAGAAAAAAAUUGUGAAAUUUUUAAAAAGUGAUUGUGCUUUAAAGGUAUCCAGCGCAGCUCACGAUGGGUCGUUUCCGUGGUAUGGUGAAAUGUGUGCAUCAACGCUGACAACAACUUAUUCUACUGGAUUUGAUGACCGAAGAAUGAUUGUGACAACAGACAUUAAAAAUGCUUGUACUACAGAUCACUCGGGGACGUCGGCAUCAGCACCGUUGGCCGCUGGCAUUAUUGCUCUUGGUUUACAAGCCAACCCUUCUCUAACAUGGCGUGACGUUCAGCAUAUUGCUGUAUGGACAUCUGAACCGUCACCACUGCUGCAUAACGAAGGAUGGAAUAAGAACAGCGUAGGACUGUACGUAAACACCCGCUUCGGAUUUGGGAUAAUGAAUGCUAUGGAAUUUGUACAGGCAGCUAAGGACUGGAAGAACGUUCCGAAACAACUGAUAUGUACUACUGUAUUCCCAACCUUUACGAAAAGGUCUCUUAGCGACAUUAAUGGCACUACGGUUGCUUUUCGAACAGACGCUUGCGAAGGCGAAGAUAAUGAAAUCAAUUAUUUGGAACAUGUUCAACUCGUCCUCGACAUAACCUAUCCAGUGAGGGGACAUUUGGCCAUUUACUUGACAUCACCGAACGGUACUAAAACACAACUGCUGUCUGUGAGGCGCGAAGAUAAGUCAAAGGCAGGAUUUCGGAGUUGGCCUUUCAUGUCGGUACAUAGUUGGGGCGAGGAAGGAAAGGGCAGAUGGCAACUUGAAGUCAACGACCGUAGCGGAAUUCAAAAUGGUAAUCAAGGUUCUGUAAACAAUAUAACUUUGAUUCUGUAUGGGACAAAAGAAGCGCCGGCACAUUACGCCACACCACGGAAGUACAAUAUGAAGUAUAACGUGUACAAAAAUCGUCCAAAGAGAUCUGUAUGA